UGUUUUUGUUUUGUUUUGAGCCUAAAGUAAAAUAUACCUAGCAAUGGCUGAUUGAAGAGAGCUGUGUUCCUGCUGAAUAUCAGGUUCAGUUGAAUAAUUCUGGGAAGAAGAAAGACAGCAACUACAGAGGAAGGACCAAAAUGAAGAAGACAUCCCAGAUCUGCCAAUCCAAACUGCCAGACAACACUGCCUUGAAGCAGCAGCAAUUGCCCGCCUACCGGUUACAGCUCUCGGCCACUGGAGUCCUCUCUGGCUUUUUUGCCACAGGAGCAUUCUGCCUUGGUGUGGGCAUCAUCCUUAUAUUGUCUGCAAAGAGUAUCAAGGAAAUAGAGAUUAAAUACACAAAAAUAUGUGCAAAUUGUGCAGAACUUCGAGAAGAUGCUAUUAAUUUUGACAAAGAAUGCACCUGCUCUAUUCCCUUUUACCUUUCAGAGACAAUGCAGGGCAAUGUUUAUUUGUACUACAAGUUAUAUGGCUUCUAUCAGAAUCUUUAUCGAUAUAUUCUAUCCAGAAGUAAUAGCCAACUGGUGGGUACAGAUUUAAAGGAUGUUGGAAACUGUGCUCCAUUUAGCAAGUCCCACAAUGGGACCCCCAUCGCUCCUUGUGGUGCUAUUGCCAACAGCAUAUUCAAUGAUACCAUCAUUCUUUCCUACAACCUUAAUUCAUCUAAACAUAUGGAAGUCCCAAUGCUAAGGAGCGGAAUUACAUGGUGGACAGAUAAGUAUGUCAAGUUUCGGAAUCCAAGUGCCAUUAAUCUUUCUAGUGCAUUUACAGGAACCGCAAAGCCCCCAUACUGGUCUAAACCUGUCUAUGAACUGGAUUUAGAGGAUACGGAAAACAAUGGCUUCCUCAAUGAUGACUUCAUUGUGUGGAUGCGGACAGCUGCCUUUCCCACUUUCAAAAAACUAUACCGUCGACUCAAUCGAGUACAGUAUUUUAUUGAAGGCUUGCCUGCUGGUAACUACAGUUUCAACAUUACCUACAAUUUUCCAGUAACCAGGUUCAAAGGAGAAAAAUCAGUUGUUCUUUCCACCCUGACAUGGAGUGGAGGCAGUAGCCUUUUCUUAGGUCUCGCCUACACAGUGACAGGAGCUGUGACAUGGUUGGCUGCCUUUUCCAUGAUGGCAAUCCACUUGAUGCUGAAAGAAAAGAGAACGCUCUUCAUCGAGCGGUAAAGUCAAGUUUUAAAAAGAAAACAAGAAAACACAGAAAUGGACAAUGAAGCAACUAACAGAGCCAAUGAUUUCUGACAAGGCUUGAAAUGACUGGGAUGUUUCAUCAAGGGGAACUGGAUUGACUGACCAAGUGCAAUCCCAGAAAGAUAAAUACUGAGAGUUUCAGGGUGAAGAAGAGGAAGAAGAGGGGGAGAAAGCGGUGGAGGAGGAAGGAUGGAACAGCAUAAUUAUGUAUUUAGUAAAAUGUCCUUGGAAUGGGAAAGAUAAGUCAUCCUUGAGUUCUUUUCUUUUAAUUUUUUAAAUUUAUCUAUUUAUUUUGAAAGGCAGAGAGAGAGAGCACACAAGUAGGGCAGGAACAGAG